AUGGCUAGAUCACCAUGUUGUGAAAAGAAAGGAUUGAAAAAGGGUCCAUGGAGCUUAGAAGAAGAUGAAAUCCUCACAUUAUACAUCCAAAAAUAUGGACAUAGCAAUUGGCGUGCACUUCCAAAACAUGCAGGUUUAUUAAGAUGUGGUAAGAGUUGUAGAUUGAGAUGGAUUAAUUAUUUAAGACCGGAUAUUAAGAGAGGAAACUUUACAAAUGAAGAAGAACAAAUCAUCAUUCAGAUGCAUCACUUGCUUGGGAACAGGUGGUCAGCAAUAGCAGCAAAGUUACCUGGAAGAACAGACAAUGAAAUAAAAAAUGUGUGGCACACACAUUUGAAGAAGAGGCUAUUGAAAACCAAUAAUAACCAAGAGAAUUCAAGUACCAGAAAAAAAUCAUCAAAACCAAAAAUCAAAAGAUCUGAUUCCAAUUCAAGCACUUUAACUCAAUCAUCAAACUCCACUUUUUCUAGUGAUUUUUUGUCGCAAGGAAAAGAUAUUGAGAAUGUCAUAAAUUGUGAAGAUCCUGAAGACUCACUUGUGACAAUGCUUGAAAUUGAUGAAAGCUUUUGGUCAGAAACAAAAACUGAUGAUGAAAUUAGUUCCAUCAUGCCAUCAAAUACUGAAUUACCAAAUCAACAAUACCAUUUUAACAAUUCAUUGCAAAAUUUCCAAAACCAAGAGGGUUAUGGUUAUAGUUCAAACUCCUUAGAUAAAGUUGAUGAUGGUGGAAUGGAUUUUUGGUAUGAUUUGUUCAUCAGAUCAGGGGAAUCUACCGAUUUGCCAGAGUUUUAA